GAAUGGAACGACAAUUUUUAGCCCAAAAGAAAAAGAGAGAAUAAAGCGACAAACUCCCGAUCCCCAAAAAAUUACACUCACACUCACAAACAAUCACAUUUACUCUCUCUCUCUCUCUGCCCAUGGCAGAUGCUAUGUCCCUUUUCUCCUACCUUCUUAUUCACUAACCCACCAUUUAUUUCUUCCCCUCCAAAACACACAAACCAUCUCUCUCUCUAAUUACUUACACAUGGCGUCGCGGAGUCGGAGAAAACAGCGGUGGUGUCCGCAGCCGCUGACGCCGCUAAUGGAAGGCCCGGAUUUGGGAAUGGAAGAUCACGAAGGAAACAAAAAGGAGAGCUCGUGGGAAAUUAUCCGAGAGUGGUUUAGAAUACAGAGAAAUGUAGACAGCUUAUCAUCUUCACCAAUGUCUUUAUACGGCCCCCAUAUUCCACCCGCGCAGCGCCAGGAUUUGCGCCUUUUGCUGGGGGUUCUGGGCUGCCCCCUCGCCCCCAUUCCCAUCUCCAACAAUCCUGUUUCCACCCUCCACAUCAGAGACAUACCUCUCGAAACCUCCACCGCGUACUACAUAAUCCAGCAAUACCUGGCGGCGGCGGGCUGCCUCAAGCAGCAGCGCUGCGCCAAGAACAUGUACGCCUCCGGGAUGGUGAAGCUCAUCCGCUGCGAGACGGAGAUUUCGACGGGGAAGAAUGUGAAGACGAUGGGGUCCCGGACCGGGGAGAAUGGGUGCUUCGUGCUGUGGCGGAUGUCGCCGGAGAUGUGGUCGCUGGAGCUCGCCGUCGCCGGGAACAAGGUCGUUGCCGGCAGCGACGGCAAGAUCGUGUGGCGGCACACGCCGUGGCUCGGGACGCAUGCAGCCAAAGGCCCUCAGCGACCGCUUCGUCGCAUUAUUCAGGUAAUUUUUAAAAAAAAUUUAAAUAUUUUUAUCAAACUGUGUGUUUUUGAGAAUAUUUCAAUUGCCCAAAUUCGAUAAAGUUAAAGUGGAAGAUUGCAUCGGUUUCGACACUUGUGAAAAUCAAGUAAUGACAGCUUAAUAAUGGGAGACUAGUAGAAUGUUUUUUGAGGUAAACGUAAAACAGAUUGAAACUUUGAUCAUCUUACUUUUGUCUUUUCUAAUUCUCAAAAGCAAUCAUAUUUGGAAAGUAUUAUAAAAUUUACAUGAAACUAUAUGUGCCUAUAUAUCUAUGGCAUAGGCUCGUACAUUUACAUUACUAGAGAUUAUAUACUAGGAUUCAGCAUAUGUAGUAUUAGUUGGAAUACAUAGGGAUACGUGAAAUAUAAUUACAAAGUGCUUUAGCAAUAAGGUCAUGGUCUAAAGCGUAAUGUCAAGCUGAAAAGCAUUGAUUACCACAUUAUCACAACCACUUUAUUGGAAUUAAAAAAAUUCUCAUUAAGAACCAAAUAAUUGAGAUAUUCUAGCAUUUAACGCAUGAUGUUUUUAGGAGUAUUUAUUUAUUGUUCCAGUGGACAAGUACAAAUAGGACGUGGAGGGUGCAUAUGUUUAGAAAUUUGAAAAAGAAAAAGGAUUAAUUUUGAAAAUUUGAAAAGAAAGAAAAUGGGGGAAGAAGGUAGGCAGAGAAGCACGUGAUUUGGCGUCUACUGGUAAUUGCUUACUCUUGGGAUUGCCAAUUCCUAAUUGCCAAGCGCCAACACCAACACCAACUAUCUCUUGCUUUCUUCCUCCAUCUCUUUCUACUUUUUACUUUCAUAAACACUAUCACCAGAAAUUGGUACUCCUAAAACAAAAAGAGAGAGAUAUGGUAGAAGCUGCCCAUCGUUUAUACUAUUUCGAAUUUAAGCUUGAUUGUAGCUUACCAACCUCCACAAUCCAUCCUGAAAAAGUGUCUCUAAAUUAAAAUAGGCGCAUAAUUUUA